AUGGCGGAGGAGCUGCCCGCGCUGACCCCUGUGGGGAAGCCACUGAGCUUGAUCCCCGUAGGACUGAAAGAAGCCGCCCUCGACAGUCCCACCUUCCGAGCAACAGCCGUCCACUUCGGAGAACAAAUUGAUAUAAUAGAGAAAUGGCUAGACGGCUACGUCAAGUCCGCAAGCAAGCUUGCGCAGGAAGUUUCCACGCUGGACAGCCUUGUAAACAACUUCUUGGCACAGUCAACACCCCCGUCUCAGGUUUCGGAGGCAGUAAUAGACCACGACUACACAAUUCUGGCAAUGAAGCGGUAUGGCGACGGAGCUCGGGACUACUGGUCAAACACCUUCAAGGGCAUCAAGAGCAUCGAGAAGACGAUGGUCGAGCCGAUCAGAGCGUUCUUGCAGAAUGAUCUGAAGAGCCUGAAGGAUACUCGCAAGACGCUGGACUCGUUGCAGAAGAACUACGACAGUCUCGUAGCGCGCUUCUCUGGUCAGGCCAAGAGCAAGGACCCGUCGUCCAUACGCGAAGAUGCAUUCCAGCUGCACGAGGCGAGGAAGAGCUACUUGAAGGCCUCGAUGGAUUUCUGCGUCCUUGCCCCGCAGGUUCGUGCGAGCCUGAACAAGAUGCUGGUCAAGGUUUUCUACGACCGAUGGCGAGAGAUGAAGCAAUCACGGGACCUCGUGACGGGCACUCUAGCGAAGUGGGGCAAUGAAGUCGAGCGUAUCCGAGGGUGGAGUAAGGAGAUGGAAAAUGGGGAGAGGGCCUUCAAGCGAGAGCUGCAACUGGCUAGGAAGCAGAUCGAGGACAGGGCGGAGCACGUGGCACGACCUUCGCGAGAGCUCGAAGACUAUGCGUCCUCGACUAUACCAUUCAUAGGUGCACAGGCUCCGUCAAGCAAUCUGCCAUCCCCUGCCAAAGUAGGUGGUGAAAAGUCGGAGAAGCAAGGAUGGUUGUUCCAGCGGGAGUAUACCGGGAAGCCGACACGAACUGUCUGGCGACGACGUUGGUUCUUCGUGAAGAACGGUAUCUUCGGUUGGCUUGCGCAAGGCGCGCGUUCCGGUGCAGUGGAAGAGUCGGAGAAGUUCGGCGUGCUGCUUUGCAGCAUACGACCAGCUUUUCAAGAAGAGCGGCGCUUCUGCUUCGAGGUUAAGACGAAGGACACUACAUUUCUCCUACAGGCCGAGACACAGGCUGAGUUGACCGAGUGGAUCUCUUCGUUCGAAGGUGCGAAACGUAAGGCCCUCGAGGACCCAGCAAGCACAGAAGCCUCUGGUGGCGAUUCUCAUGCUCUAGACGCUGCGUUUGCCAUCAGUCCUCCAGUCGCACCGGAAUUUGCUGCAAAGACUGAAGGUCAUGCCACGCAUCUGAGCGACGAGUUCCACGCGCCUGACCGGGCUGUCACGCUCGCCAUGGGAGAGAGCUUCCCACGCCGUGGCAGUUUCGAUGCAAGCCGACGCGGCACAGGAGUUGAAGAGAGCGGACGGGAUCACGCUACGAGAAUAAUACAGAAACUAGACCUCCACCGGAAAUCGACGGCUAGCCCGCAGCUAUCAGGCAGUUCGUCGCCGACACCUGCGUCCGCCGGAGGAAUUGCAACUCUGAUAUCUGCGAGUCACGGGACCAUGAUACACGGCACUUUGGUACCGUCUGUUUCUCCAAUAACAACGCAAGCCCUCAACGUAGACCCCGUGAAACCCGCUCCUAGGGAGAUUCCAACGAGUAGCUUGGCGCCAUCGACAUUGGCUAAUCCUCCUUCAGCAACAAACCUUAGCAAGGCUGCGGUCAUUUUAAGCAGCGAGCGAGGGUUAAGACUUGGAGCGACCGACGGAGGGAUGCCUGGAGGGCUGAUGGCGAACCUGUGGGGUUCUACCAACUGGGGUUAUAUCAACCGGCUGGAACGAGGAGAAGUCAGAGAGCCUCAUCGUCUACGGAGCAUCUCAACACCGCCGAGCCCUACGCAUGCGGCUUCGCCUUCCCUAACGCCGCUCGGUGGAGAUGCAUCCCACGACGCCGAAGAGGAUUUGACAUCGCCUCGGGCUACCUCGCCGGCGGCUCGACAUCGGAAGACUAUCAGCCUUGGAACCGCUACUCCGCGUCUGCAGAGUCCAGCGAAAGGCCAUGAUGAGUUUCCUAAUUACUAUCCCCUACCCUUGAAGGCACAGGACGCUCAGUUCCGCAUCCUAUUCCCUAACGUACCUCGACGCGAGAAGGUGGUUCUCGUCUUCAGAGCCACAUGGAAUCCCAACGACCAGCAAGAAUUCCCUGGCCGGGUCUACGUCACCGUUAGCAACAUAUACUUCUACAGCAAUCACUUCGGUCUCAUCCUUAUCACUGGAACCAGCUUGUCAUCGAUCGAAGAAGUUACCGCUGCGCCGGGCAGGGACUGCGACUUCCUGUAUCUGCACUUACAGCAGAGCGCUCGUAAGGACAACUUCAACAGAAUCACCAUCAAGAUCUUCCUUGAGCCGUUGAAGCUUCUGCAACGGAGGCUGAGCUUCCUAGUACGCAACUGCAAUUCUGAGACACCACUCCCAUUGGAAGAGGUACUCAAGACUCUCAUAAAACUGGAAGCCAACGCCAGGUCCGAGAGCCCCAGUGGCGAGAGUUGGGAAGAUACGAACGGGGACACGCCUGUUGAUGGUGCCUCAGAGCGGCGUGUCAACGACUUCAGAAGCGGUCUUCGCAUCGAUGGCGAGUUGUACGCUAGACCUGGAGCCCAACGCGUCGUGAGCAGGAACGCUCUGAAGUUCAAGCUCCCCUCUCACCCAGUCAAGUACGCGCCGCAAGGCAUGACUCGGCUCGCCGUGGAGAAGGAGUUCAACAUCAGCGCCAAAGCCCUGUUUCACGUGAUGUUUGGCGACAAGAGCGCAUUAUUUCAGAUGCUAUACCGCGAGCGUUUGGCACAGCGUAUAGUGCAGAGCCCGUGGGUCCAGCCGGAGAACGGGCACCACCGGAGAGAAUUCGAGUAUGAGAUCGAGUAUAGCGAUUCGCUCGGCAAACACCAGCUGCACGGACUGGACUAUCAAAUCAUCGAGGUCUUCAACGACCACCUCUGCUACGUCGUCACGGACAGGAAGACGCCGUGGUACUUCCCGCUGUCCAAGAUGUUUGUGCUUACCACUAGGAUCGUCAUCACGCACAUUUCGAAGUCGCGGUGCAAACUUGCGAUUUAUACCAAGGUAGACUGGGCCAGCCAGCCCUUCCUCGUUAAGGGCCUAAUCGAGCGCCAAGCCCUCCACGACCUCAACCACGACGCCCUCGAUCUAACCGACCUAAUCGAAGACCAAGUCCACAAGCUCGGCAAUGCCAGCCGCACCCAGAAAGCGAUCCAGAUCUUCGGCCAGCUCGGCCAACAGACGCAGGCCACGCAGCUCUCGGCCUCAGACAUCCCCCCACCGAUCCGCGAACGGCGCUUCAAGCUCAAGAUCAGGACCGUAUCGAACCUGUUCCUCGACGCCAUGCUAGUCAUGCUUUCAAACGCCUUAGCCACAGCCCUGGGCUCCCUCAGUGCAUUUGUGGGCGGCAUACUCAAAGCCUGCACCGCGCACACGAUGCUUUUGGCACUCCUCGCCCUUAGCGUCGGCUUCAACUCCUUCCACUCCUACCGCGACACCUGGGGAUGGUGGAGGGAGCGGAACGCAGGAAAUUUCAUGGCGCGCAUAGGCGUGCAUCCGAACGCGCAGAUGAGCCGAGCCAUCUACCUUGCGGACAUCGACGCCGUGCUCACCAACACCUCCACCUUCGCUGGCGGCAGCAACACCGACAGCAAUCAAUGCCUCGACACCUUUCUAACCCUCCUAUCCCAAACCGACCCCGAUGCCCCUCUCUCCCCCACCACCCCCUCCCUUGCCCCUGCCACCCCAUACACGGCCCCCUCAACACACCACACGUCCCGCCGCCUACACCGCACACGCCAGACCCUCGGCGUCUACCGCCACGACCUGCUGGUGGCACUGCGCGUCGUCAACAGCGUGGAGCGCGAGAUGUUGAGAGCGGAAUACGAAAACUGGGUUCUGGAUGAGGGGCUGAGGUGUCGGAAGCUGAAGGGCAUGUUGGGGGGACGGGGAGAUGGGAGUGAGGUUGAGCGGUGGGUUAGGGGGUAUUGUGGGGAUUGUGGGACGGAAGUUGAGAGGGUUAGGGGUGGGGAGUGGGUGUGGGGAUGA